UCGUACUUUAUACUUUUACUUGAGUAUUUAUAUGAAGAAGGCUCGAUACUUUUACUCGGUUGCAAUGGUCAACAUGCAGUUCGUGACUUUUUUCUUCCAGUAUUUUUCCACCUCGUCUUGCAGUUAGGGCCAAUCAAUCGAGUGAAAACUGAACCCGCUGCCGACGUCAGGCGUUUGUAUAAUAUUUCUGCGAGGGGCACUGCGGCCGUAAAGCGUUGGGCUCACGGUUCCCCGAGGAGCCGGGUUCGAUGCCGGUCCGCCCGUGUGGAGUUUGCACGUUCUCCGGGUGGCCACUCACUCCGGUUUCCUCCCACAUCCCUAAAACGUGCGACAUUAAUCGGACACUCUAAAUGAUUUCAUGUUCCCUUGUGAUUGGCCGGCGACCAGUUGAGGGUGUACACCGGCUCCUGCCCGAUGACAAUUGGGAUAGGCUUCAAGCACUCCCGCCACCCUCGUGAGGAUAAGCAGCUAAGAAACUGGAUCGAUGGACGGAUGUUUCUGUGAUGUUGUUGCUGCAGUUCAAAAUCAAAACGGUGGAACGUAUGUGUCGACUCCCAUAUAUGCAUAUUUUUAUUUUAGUUGAUGCUCGUAUUCGGAAGUUACACAAGUUACCCUCUGCUUGAGUAGUAUUUUUUCAUUGAGUAGCUCACGCGAGUGCAUAUUUGGAAGACCCUUAUUUGAGUACAGUAUUUAGCUCAUGUGGCCCCCCAUCCAAUGAUUCAGGAUUUGAAUUUCAAUAGUCAAAAAUUCGUCCACGUCGUCAAGUGAGCUUUGCGAUGUGACGUCAUUCCCAUGUAGUUUCCACGGCGUCCUUUAGUUUCGGCGGCGCUGUGGAGCAACUCCAGCUGCUGCAGCCACUUGAAACGCGAAGAAGAGAACACAAACCGUCUGGCGCGUUGGGUUUUUCCUUGAAAUGGUUGCGAGCUCGGAACCAAGUCUGCUGUUUUCAUGGAGGAUGGCGCCAGCCGGUUUUCUGCGUACAAAGAUCAGGGACGACCACCGGCUCCACAACAUGUCCUUGUCUGAUGAGCAAAUGGGCAACACAUUCUCCGUUGAUUAAACGUAUCAGAUGCACGAGUGGACCACAUCUCCCUUGCCCGUGACGCCAUCGGGCGGCCUGCUGUCCGCGUUGGUGUCGAGCGGUGCCGUGUCUCAGGAGGAAUUGGAACACGCGUCCUCAUCCCAGCGAGCCGUCUUCUCCCCUCGCCUGCACGAAGCCGAGCGACGACUCAGAACGCGGGAGGAGCUGCAGCAGCUGCAGCUGGAGGCGGCGCUGCUGCACGAGGAGAAGAAAAGCGCCGACGUCACGCGUGCGGUCCGCCUCGCCCCCAGGUUGCAGGCGCUGCAGACCUUCAACUCUCACCUGGAGGACGUCUUGAGGAACCACAAAGUUCUGGCCCGGCGACUGGCCAGGCCGCGGAGCCGCGCCGACCUGCCCGUCCCGGCCCACCUGCGCCGCUCCGUGGUGGAAGUCCUCCGCGACGUCACCGACUUUGUGGACACUUUGGACGACAAGAGAGGCGUCGUCGCCAGCGGCGCCGACAUCCAACGGCGCCGCCUGGAUCAGCUGAACGCGGACGUCGAGCAGCUCUCUGCGCAGGCCUCCGAAGCGGAGACGUGGGCCAAUCAGCUUCUCCGACGGAAGGAGGCGCGCCACGGGUCGUCCUCAUGUCGCUCCAGCUGCCUUUAGCGUUCCAAGCGGCGGAGAGACCCUCAUGGCGUUGUCACCAUGCACCAGAGGUGUCUGUGACGUGGCUGCCAUUUUUUUUUAUUCCCGUAAUAAAUGCUGCGGUUUCUGUCAUA